CUUUCGAACCAUAUCGUAGUAGACAUAAUAAUUGUAAUAAAGUAUGUGUGAAUAAUUGUAUUCUUCCUCAACAUUGCGCACAUUGCUAAAACAUUAAUUUGCUGCAGUUAAUUCAGAAAAAAUAUAAAUUUUAUCAAUAUAACUUUCCAAUUAACAUUUUGUUACAAAAUACUGGAUUUAAGAUAAAAAUUUCUUUGCCGACAUGAUAAUAUUUCUAAAACUAUUAUUAAGUAGCGGAUUAAUUUUUAUCGCUGCGACGGCUUUCACUCGUAAUGAAUCUUUAUGCUAUCAAUCAAAAUAUAUAAAACCAAUCCAUUACGAUAUCAAGCUAUUAUCACAUAUCGAAGGAAAUAUUUUCUAUGGAGAAUGCAAUAUCAGCAUAAGCAUUCUUAACACAACGAAGAACAUAUAUUUACAUUCAGAUCAAUUAUGUAUUAAAAAUAUAGUUUUAAUUAAAAAUUUAAACAAAUAUGAGAAUGAUAAUGAAGCAGUAUAUAAACCGACAUAUAAUACUGAAGAAGACACAAUUGAUAUUUUUUUUAUGGAUGAGUUAUCACCAGGAAAUUACACCUUAAAUAUAAAAUAUCAUGGUAUUGCUGAUGAAGUCUUUAGAAUUUUCAACGUGAAAGAAAAAAUUGUUUUGGUAGCUGCUUCUCAUUUUCAUAUAAUUGGCACCCGACGAAUGUCUUCAUGUCGGUAUCAACAGAAUUUAUUGUUGAAAGCAAUCUUUAACAUAUCUAUAGGGUGUGUGCGAUGUACGGUUUUGUCAAAUAUGCCAUUGCGAAAUACCGAAAAACAUUUGUACAAUAUGUUAUGGACACACUUCAGAACCACACCUGCAACGUCGCCUUAUCUUGCAACAAUGAUUGUGUCUAAUUACCUAAUCCCUAUUGAUAUAAAAACUCGCAAUAUUGAAAUGCGAUGCGGAUAUGGAAUAUACAUAGAAACUGUAAAAAUUGGAGCUGAAAAUAUAAUGAACAUAUCCUGUCAUGAUAUCAAAAUUCGAAACAUUACAAUAUGGUGCAGAAACGAAUCUCGAUUUCACAUGGAAUAUGCAAAAAAUGUAAUUAAAGAUAUCACGUUGUUUUUGAAUAAUAAUUGGAAACAUUCGAACAAUAUUUCGAAGGUGGAUCAUGUUGCAAUUCCAAAUUUUCGUGACAAUGGCACAAUAGUUUUUGGACUUGUUUUUUAUAAGGAAACCGAUAUUAUUGACGAUAAAAAUUUACAUCCUAUUUCUCACAAAAUCGAAGUAGCUCAAUUAAUAGGAUGUAAAGUGACACAAGAAUGGUUUUAUGAUAAGCUGAAUAAUCCGUUAGUGACGGAUUAUUGGUUUAAAGACGGUCUUAUUACAUUGCUUGCAAUGUAUGCUGUUGAUAAGAUUUAUCCUGAUGACAGAAUAAUAAAUUUAUUUGUCGUUCAAAAUCAACAUUACUUUCUUAAUUUGGAUGGUGAUCAUAUGUGGCCUUCUACUUUAAAAGAUGACAGUUUAUUGAAAAUUCGCCAAACUAUCAGAGCACCCUUUAUAUUGCGCAUGUUGCAACACGCUCUCACCGAAGAAACAUUUUGGAAAGGCAUUCGCUCAUAUGUAUAUAACACUAUUGGGAUUAAUUUUUGGGAUGAAAUUGUUGCUGGUGCAGACGAAUCAUAUACAGCUGUAAAAAUAAUCAAUUAUUGGCAUAUAGAAACGUAUUGUCCUAUCAUAGAAAUAACACAAAAUUAUAUUAGAAACGAAGCAAAUGUAUCGAUUCAAAAUAUCGACAAAUUAAUAAUUGAUUGCCUUUCUGUAACUUUUACUACGCAAACGUCUUUGGAUUUUAACAAAUUUACUCAUCAUAUGGUAUGCAAGCCAAAAGAUUUGAAAUUAUCAUUACCAUUUAAUAAAAAUGGUUGGAUAAUAUUCAAUAUACAACAAAUUGGAUAUUAUCGCGUUAACUAUGAUAAAGAAAAUUGGCAAAGAAUUACAGAUUAUCUACACUCCUUGAAUUACAAAAAAAUUCAUGUUCUUAAUCGUGCCCAAAUUAUCGAUGAUGCAUUUAAUUUAAUGAUAGCAGGCCAUCUCCGUUCCUAUAUAUUUUGGAACAUCACAUCGUAUUUGCAUCAAGAAGAAGAUUAUAUAGCAUGGUAUCCUUUGUUUAAAGCUCUGGAAUAUAUAUGUAGUGCUUUUCCAGUGUUGGAAGAAAAAACUGAAUAUUUUACGUUAAUAGUAAAGUACGCAUUACAAGAGGUGCUUAAAAAAAUCAAAUAUGAAGAAAUUGAUGAUACAGACAAACUUAGAAUAUGUUUACGACAAGAAGCUGCAAGAUGGGCAUGUCUUCUUGAUGACAUCACUUGUAAGAAAGAAGCCAACAAUAAAUUAGAACAACAUCUCCAAGAUUUUGAAAAACACAAGGUUUUGCCAUGGUGGAAGGAAUGGACAUAUUGUAAAGGUUUGAUGAUAGCCACGAACAAGACUUGGCAAUCAAUGUAUGCCAUAGGAUUUAGAAAAUCUGACACUAAAUUUGUAGAAUACUUGGCUUGCAAUAAAGAUACUAAUAUAACUUUCAAGUAUUUGAGAUAUCAAUAUAUUAGCAAAAAAGAAAGUCAAUAUUUUUUUAAUAGUUUCUUAUAUAUUAUUACGAAGCAUUCGAAGAAUCCAACUAUUCUAAAGGACAUAUUAAAUGAUUUUGUGAACAUAAAACCAAAACAUGUUAAUAUAACUACAGCAUUAAUUAUUAUUAUUAAUAACGUAUAUUCCGUAAAUCUUCUAACUAAGGAAAUAAACGAACACGUUAAAUGGUUGAAAGCCUAUGCAAAGACAUUUUUGAUAAAAUAAGAGAAAUGGAUUCCAUAAUGCUGAAGUCUGACAAAGCUGAAAGCAAGAUAUCAAUUCGCAAAAGUCAAAUUGAAAGACAGAGACAGUAUCAUAGGUUUUUCUUCGUGUGAAAUUAAAAAAAUUGCAGCUUUGCACGCAUGGAUAUACUUCAUAUGAAUAAUUUUUUUAUAUUGUAUGUAUUUUUUAUUUUACUGAUUUAACUAUUAUUGUUUAUUUAGAUGUAUUACUAUUCGAUGCCUUUGUAUUUACUAAACUUCGUGACUGUAUGUAUCAAAAGUUUUUCAUUGUUUUUACGAACUUGUAUGAAGUAGUUCAAUGAUAUAUUAUUAUCUGUGUUGUCACAAGAAA